GUUGUUUAUUUAAGAAUGUCCACGUGACAACUGCAUUACAUUCGUGUCUUGCCAAUUGCUGUUCUUUGCAAAUGGAAACUCCAAGUCUAUGGCAAGCUGACAACGUGACAGUAUCUCCACUGCCACGUGCAGUUUGUAACAUCGCGUGCCAUUAUCAUUCCUCUGCUCCUCCUAAGAAAGUUCGACAAGGGAGAAAUUCGGGAACUUACAGGGGUGUCAGAAUGAGGACAUGGGGCAAAUGGGUUUCUGAAAUAAGGGUUCCGAAGACUGGACAAAGGAUAUGGCUGGGUUCUUAUGAUGCCCCAGAGAAAGCAGCUCGAGCAUAUGAUGCUGCCCAGUAUUGUAUUCGUGGUGAACGUGGGCAAUUCAAUUUUCCUGCUGAAAGAAGGCCACAACUUCCUAGUGGUCCAGUAGAUGCCUUGUCCAAGAAGGAAAUAAAGGCUAUUGCCUUUAACUUUGCUUCGUCAAAUGCAUCAUCAGUGUCUCCCUCUGUGAUAACUCCGGUGGAAAUGGUUGAACCAUCCUUGCCCAAUUUGCAGGUUUCAAGUGCAACUGGAAAUGCAGGUAAUGUGGAGGGUUAUGUUCCAGCUAGUGCGUCAGUACCAGAUUUAUGUUCAAUAGACAAUUUACAGUUGGAUGAUUUACUCAUGCUGGACAUAGAAUGGAUAGACUCCCUCUAGGUACAAGGUAUUUCAGGGUUUUGUUGCAGUCAUAGACAUGAACUGUUAUUUAUUCAGUGUGAACAUCUUUGUUGGAAACUGUUGCCUGGUAAUGAGAUCCCCGUUGAGGGGGAAGUACUUAGAAUGCGUGUAAACAACAAAUUUUCAUCUGUGGUAAUCGCAUUUAGUAUUUGAAGUGCAUGCAUGCA